AUGGAGGUAUUUGGGAUAGAUUUUGAGGCCCCUGCGUUGCUUGGGAAACCAAAAAAAAAGCUCAUUGAAUUCACCAAGAACAAUAAGAGGAUUGAGGCUUUGGAAAAAGAGAUGGCAGGCUUAACAGAAGCUGUAUUGGAAUACGAUUUCAGCUCUAAGCAGCUCAAGUGGUAUGAGGAUAAAGAAACUAAGAGCUCCUUUUGGCUUUGGUAUCUGAAUGGUGAUUUGGUCCGGGUACUAUCUGCUUCAGCAGUCAUCGAAUUCUCCGAAAAAGAUCUUGUUCACGUGGCUUUGUGGGUGGCGAAUAAGGCUCAGCUUUGGCUGACUGCGCAGGAUUCCAGCCCUCUUUUGGAUUUUGUGGAGGGCUUGGACGAGGAUACCUAUGUCUUGUGA